UUAACUAUUACGUAAGCCGGGAUCUGUUCUUUUCUUUUUCUUUUUGUUCUGUUUUCAGGUCACCCGCUGAGCAUUGUCGUUUCGGCACGGAUGCUCAGCGAUUUGCCACCGGGAAACACACGCACGCAGAGGGCGUGUGAGACAGGGACACGGGCGUUUGGCGGACGGACGAGCUUUAUCGGUCAAGGGCGAAGGCGGCUCUGGAGGGCGUACGGGUUGCAUGGGUCUUCCGCACAAAGCAGCCUGCACAAGCACACGCACAUCUACACACACACACACACCCCUCGUUGCAUGUAUCUGUAGAUACAUACACAGCACGGAACUAGUCCACACUACCACGCCAAGCUACACACACAAGGACCAUGUCGUCAGUGUCCGCCACACGUUCAUUGAUGCUGAAAAACGGGAGCUUCCUGCUCUCGUCCUCCCACAUGCUGCGUCCUACCAGAUGCAGCAGAGCGGUGCAGGCUGCGCUGCUGCACAAAAGACUCUCGUUGGUGAAGCGGUUUGCCUCCACGGUGCCCUCCACCCAGGACUUGGCCGCCUUGGAGAAGGAGGCUAACAACGAAAUAGCAAAUCCGAGCAUCCAGGCGGCCUUCUACAGGUCACUUCUGGACGCCAGCUACCCGCACAUCGUUGUGUCGAGAUACGAGACGCCGGGAAUAUCCACCGACAAUGACUGUGCGAAGCUCUACUUGGAGGCCCUCCUCAAGAUGGGCAACAAGGAGAAGGCCGAAACGCUCUCCAAGUCGCUAAACGUGCCUUUGCCAGCUCUCGACCCUUCUGCCGUUUCGCCUAAUGCCACCAGCGGCAAUAGCGGCAACAAUAACAACAAUAAUAACAAUACCAACCACUCCGGCUCGAAACAAGACCCUAUCCAUGUCGUCGUCACGGAGACCUUCUGGAUGUCUCUUUCCAGAUGGAUCAAGUGGUUAGUGCCUCUGGGAUUGCUCUCCUACGCCGCCUACUAUGGCUUCAACGUCCUGGUCGAAAACGGCUCCAUAGUAAAGGGUGCAUCUGCUGACGAUAAGUCCAUAGAGGUCACCGACUCAGAUGUCAGAUUUUCCGACUGUAAGGGUGUCGACGAAGCAAAAGCUGAACUUGAGGAAGUGGUUGAUUUCUUGAAAGACCCUUCGAAGUACGUUAGCUUGGGAGCAGAACUACCAAAGGGUGUCCUUUUGACAGGGCCUCCAGGUACAGGUAAGACCUUGUUGGCCAGAGCGACUGCCGGCGAGGCGGGAGUUCCUUUCUUCUUCAUGUCUGGUUCGGAGUUCGAUGAAUUAUAUGUCGGUGUUGGUGCAAAAAGAGUUAGAGAACUUUUCUCCAAAGCAAGAGCAAGAGCUCCUGCUAUUGUCUUUAUUGACGAAUUGGACGCCAUCGGAGGUAAGAGAAAAUCAAGAGAUCAAGCUUACGCUAAACAAACACUUAAUCAAUUGCUAGUCGAGUUGGACGGGUUCUCUCAAUCGGAAGGUAUCAUCAUCUUAGGUGCAACCAACUUCCCAGACUCACUUGAUAAGGCAUUGACUAGACCAGGUAGAUUCGAUAAGAUUGUUCCUGUCGAUUUGCCAGACGUUCGUGGACGUAUCGAGAUUUUGAAGCAACAUCUGAAGAAGGUUUCUGUUUCGAAAGAUGUGGACCCUUCUGUCAUCGCAAGAAGUACAACCGGUCUGUCUGGUGCAGCCUUAAAAAACUUGGUCAACCAGGCAGCCUUGUAUGCAGCUCAGAAUAACGCUUUGAGUGUCAACAUGAGCGAUUUGGAAUGGGCCAAGGACAAGGUUCUGAUGGGCGGUGAAAGAAAGACAAUGGUCAUGACUGAAGAAACCAGAAGAAAUACAGCAUAUCACGAAGCAGGACAUGCCAUUGCAGCAAUGUUCACAAACGGUGCCACUCCUUUGUACAAAGCUACCAUUUUGCCAAGAGGUAGAGCCUUAGGUGUCACCUUCCAGUUACCUGAAAUGGACAAACACGAUAUUACGAAGCAAGAGUGUUUUGCGAGACUGGAUGUCUGUAUGGGUGGUAAGAUAGCCGAAGAAAUGUUAUACGGUCCAAAUAAUGUCACUUCUGGUUGCUCGUCGGAUCUAUCGUCUGCUACAGGUAUGGCCAGAGCAAUGGUUACAUCUUAUGGUAUGAGUGACAAGGUCGGUCCUGUCAAGUUGAGUGACAAGUGGGAAACGUGGUCACCUAAAUUAAGAGACUUGGCAGACCAAGAGACUAGGGAUUAUUUGAUUGAAGCUGAAAAACGUUGUAGAGAACUGCUGAACGAUAGACGUAUCGAAUUGAAACGUUUGGCAGAGGGUCUUUUGGAGUAUGAAACAUUAAGUAAGGACGAAAUUGAAAAGGUGGUUCGUGGUGAGAAACUCGAUAAAUUAAAAGUCAUGACAAACAAGGUUAUCAAAGGACCAAACACUAGGAAAGAGUUUGAUGUCGCUCCUGAAGAUCCACAACCUUUGGGUUCAAUAGGAAAGAGCUUUUGAUUCCUUGUUGAUCCUAGUUUACACUAUACAUUAAUGUAAUCGUGAAAAUAAAGAAAAGAAUAGCAUUUCCAUUUCUUCAUGUUAUAUAGUUCACGUAAUUAUUUUAAAUAAUUUUUUCUAGAAAAGCAAUGAAAAAAGUUAUAAAAACU